AUGCCCCCAACCCCCUGGAGCACCCCAACCCCUUGGAGCACCCCAAAGCUGUGGAUGCCCCCAGUGCCCUGCAGCACCCCAGUCUGGAUGCCCCCAGUGCCCUGGAGCACCCCCAACUCCCUGCAGCACCCCAGUGCCCUGGAUGCCCCCAGUGCCCUGCAGCACCCCAACUCCCUGCAGCACCCCAACUCCCUGGAUGCCCCCAAUGCCCUGGAGCACCCCAACUCCAUGCAGCACCCCAGUGCCCUGCAGCACCCCAACUCCCUGGAUGCCCCCGGUGCCCUGGAUGCCCCCAACUCCUGCAGCACCCCCCAGCCCUGGAUGCCCCCCGGUGCCCUGCAGCACCCCAGUGCCCUGCAGCACCCCAACUCCCUGGAUGCCCCCAAUGCUCUGGAUGCCCCCCGGUGCCCUGGAGCACCCCAAUGCCCUGCAGCACCCCAGUGCCCUGCAGCAACCCCAACUCCCUGCAGCACCCCCCAGCCCUGGAUGCCCCCGGUGCCCUGGAGCACCCCAACUCCCUGGAUGCCCCCGGUGCCCUGGAUGCCCCCAAUGCCCUGCAGCACCCCAACUCCCUGGAUGCCCCCCGGUGCCCUGGAUGCCCCCGGUGCCCUGCAGCACCCCAACUCCCUGGAUGCCCCCGGUGCCCUGGAUGCCCGCACCGUGCUGGUGCUGCCGGCGUUCGAGGUGCGCUCGGGGCAGCCUCUGCCGGGCACCAAGGACGAGCUGCGGCAGCUCUGGCUGAGGGGCCACGCUCGACCCUUCUACGGCAGCUUGUGCCCGCGCUGCCAGGCGCCCACAGCCUACGGGCGCUGGUGGGCACUGCCCCCCUCGGCCGGGGUCCGUCCCGCCUACCAAGUGCCCUGGAGCGACCCCUGGGAGCCGUUUUACGUGGCGCCGGCGCUGGAGCUGCCGCCCUUCGAUGAGAGCUUCGUGCAGUACGGCUUCAACCGCAUCAGCCAGGCGUGUGAGCUGCACGUUGCCGGCUUUCGCUUCGCGGUGCUGGACGGGGCGUUCGUGCUGCAUCGCGGCUUCAAGGAGCCGGGCGGGUUCCACCGCAGCCGCGACUCCGAGCUCAGCCAAAACCGCCGCCGCUUCCGAAGCUUCCGAGCGGGGCUCCGCCUGCGCUACCCGGGCUCGGGGCGGCGCUGCUGAGCCCCCGAACGCGCCGGGGGGGACCCCAUGGGAUGCAGAUGGAGACCCCCCCGGGACACUGUUGGGGGAGCUGAGACCCCCCCAGGACAUUGCUAGGGGGUGGGAACCCCCCAAUACACAGAUGGAGACUCCCCCCAAGACCCAGCUGAGACCCCCCCAGGACAUUGCUGGGGGGUGGGAACCCCAUGAGAUGCAGAUGGAGACCCCCCCAGGACAUUAUUGGGGGGCUGAGACCCCCCCCAGGACAUUGCUGGGGGAUGGGAACCCCCCAAUACACAGAUGGAGACUCCCCCCAAGACCCAGCUGAGACCCCCCCCAGGACAUUGUUGGGGGGUGGAAUCCCCCCAAUAUACAGCUGGGGGUGGGACCCCCAAAAGACACAGAUGGAGACCCCCCCAGGACAUUACUGGGGGGCUGAGACCCCCCCCAGGACUCUGUUGGGGGGUGGGAGCCCCACAAGACACAGAUGGAGACUCCCCCCAAGACCCAGCUGAGACCCCCCCAGGACAUUGUUGGGGGGUGGAAUCCCCCCAAUAUACAGCUGGGGGUGGGACCCUGAAAAGACACAGAUGGAGACCCUCACCAGGACAUUGCUGGGGGGUGGGAACCCCCCAAUACUCAGCUGGAGACCCCCCCCCAAGACACAGCUGAGACCCCCCUAGGACAUUGCUGGGGGGUGGGAUCCCCAAAAGACACAACUGGAGACCCCCCCAGAACUCUGUUGGGGGGCUAAGACCCCCCCCCCAGGACAUUGUUGGGGAGCUGAGACCCCCCCCCCAAUAUACAGCUGGGGGUGGGACCCCCAAAAGACACAGAUGGAGACCCCCCCCCAAGACCCAGCUGAGACCCCCCUAGGACACUGCUGGGGGUGGGAACCCCACAAGACACAGCUGGAGACCCCCCACAAGGACACUGUUGGGGAGCUGAGACCCCCCCUCAAUACACAGCUGGGGGUGGGACCCCCAAAAGACACAGAUGGAGACCCCCACAAGGACAUUGCUGAGGGGCUGAGACCCCCCCCAGGACUCUGUUGGGGGGUGGGAACCCCAUGAGAUGCAGCUGGAGAGCCCACCAAGACAUUGCUGGGGGGCUGAGACCCCCCCAGGACUCUGUUGGGGAGCUGAGACCCCCCACAAGACCCAGCUGCGGGUGGGACCCCCCAAAAGACACAGAUGGAGACCCCCCCAGGACAUUGCUGGGGGCGUGGGAACCCCACGAGAUGCAGCUGGAGAGCCCCCCCAGGACAUUGUUGGGGGGUGGGAGCCCCACAAGACACAGAUGGAGACCCCCCCCAGGACAUUGCUAGGGGGCUGAGACCUCCCCCCAGGACAUUGCUGGGGGGUGGGAUCCCCCCAGUACACAGCUGGAGACCCCACACAAGACCCAGCUGGAGACCCCCCAGGACAUUGUUGGGGAGCUGAGACCCCCACAAGACACAGCUGAGACCCCCCCAGGACGUUGGGGAGCUGAGACCCCCCUAAUAUACAGCUAGGGGGGGGGGGACCCCAUGAGACACAGAUGGAGACACCCAGAAGGAUAUUGCUGGGGGGUGGGAGCCCCCCAAUACACAGCUGGAGACCCCCCCACAAGACCCAGCUGAAACUCCUCCAGGACAUUGCUGGGGGUUGGACCCCCAAAAGACACAGAUGGAGACCCCCCCAGGACAUUAUUGGGGGGCUGAGAUCUCCAGAAGACACAGCUGGAGAGCCCCCCAAGAUAUUGGGGUGCUGAGACCCCCCUCAAUACACAACUGGGGGGUGGGACCCCCAAAAGACCCAUCUGGAGCCCCCUGAGGACACUUUUGGGGGGAUGAGACCCCCCCAGGACUCUGUUGAGGAGCUGAGACCCCCACAAGACACAGCUGGAAAUCCCCCCAAGAUAUUGGGGUGCUGAGACCCCCCCAGGACAUUGCUGGGGGGUGGGAACCUCACAAGACACUGAUGGAGACCCCCCAGGAUACUGUUGGGGAGCUGAGACCCCCCACAAGACCCAGCUGAGACCUCCCCAGGACAUUGUUGGGGGGCUGAGACCCCCACAGCUGGGGGUGGGAACCCCAAAAGACACAGAUGGAGACCCCCACCAGGACAUUGCUGGGGGGCUGAGACCCCCCCCAGGACUCUGUUGGGGGGCUGAGACCCCCCCCCAAUAUACAACUGGGGGGUGAGAACCCCCCAAUAUACAGCUGGGGGUGGGACCCCCAAAAGACACAGAUGGAGACCCUCCCAGGACAUUGCUGGGGGGCUGAGACCCCCAAAAGACCCAGCUGAGGGGUGGGAACCCCCCAAUACACAGCUGGAGACCCCCCCCAAGACCCAGCUGAGACCCCCCCAGGACAUUGCUGGGGGUGGGACCCCCAAAAGACCCAUCUAGAGACCCUCUGAGGACACUUUUGGGGGGCUGAGACCCCCCCAGGACUCUGUUGGGGGGGCUGAGACCCCCCCAAGAUAUUGGGGUGCUGAGAUCCCCCCUCAAUACACAGCUGGGGGUGGGACCCCCACAAGACACAGAUGGAGACCCCCCACCAGGACAUUGUUGGGGGGGUGGGAUCCUCCCAGGACAUUGUUGGGGUGCUGAGACCCCCCAAUACACAGCUGGAGACCUCCCCAAGAUAUUGGGGUGCUGAGACCCCCCCUCAAUACACAGCUGGGGGGUGGGACCCCCAAAAGACCCAUCUGGAGACCUCCUGAGGACACCUUUGGGGGUCUGAGACCCCCCCCCAGGACUCUGUUGGGGGUUGGGAUCCUCCCAGGACAAUGUUGGGGGGCUGAGACCCCUCAAGACACAGCUGGGGAUCCCCCCCAAGAUAUUGGGGUGCUGAGACCCCCCUCAAUACACAGCUGGGGGUGGGACCCCCAAAAGAUCCAUCUGGAGACCCCCUGAGGACACUUUUGGGGGGCUGAGACCCCCCAAUACACAGCUGGAGACCCCUCCAAGAUAUUGGGGUGCUGAGACCCCCCCUCAAUACACAGCUGGGAGUGGGACCCCCCAAAAGACCCAUCUGGAGCCCCCCCAGGACACUGCUGGGGGUGGGAUUUUGGGGGGGGAUGGGGAGGCACCUCAGGGGUGACCUUUUG